AUGACCACACAAUCAGCUGCUCAACUGAAAGUACUCUUAGAUACAACGUCAGAGUGUCUACAUAACAUUCAAAACCUGAAUGUUUCUGUUGACUCUUGGGAUCCACUUGUGAUAUUUUUGCUUGUUCAGAAAUUGGACCCAGAGACGCAUAAAGACUGGGAAGAGCAUGCGUAUAAGAGUGACUCUGAACCCUUACCGAAGUGGAACGAUUUUAAGGAGUUUUUAGAGGCCAAGUUUCGUACGCUGGAACUACUGACGAAUAAUACAAAGGAAGUGAAGUCAAACAAGGAGCGAAGUACAUGCCAUGUUGCCACACCUACCUUUGAGAACAGGAAUUGUGUUAUGUGUAAAGAAAGUCAUACAUUAUGUCACUGCAAGGAGUUUAUCAAGAUGGAACCUACGGAGAGAAGCGAAUAUGUCAAGAAUAACAACUUAUGUUACAACUGUCUAGUACCAGGGCAUUCAGCAUCAAAAUGUCGAGUACCUGUGUCCUGUAGAAUAUGUCACCGACGUCAUCACUCCCUUCUACAUCAACUAAAGCAGACUGAGCCUGUGGCCCCUACGAGUCCCUCACAACCACUGGCUUCAUCAUUACAUGUUGUAGAAGACAUAGAAGAAGUGCAAGCAAACACAGUGAUCGCGUUACAUCUCAAUACUAGACAGAAAUCAGCACUACUAGCGACUGCUGUGGUGGAAGCAAGAAGCAAUCAAGGUCACAUCAUUCCACUGCGCGCGCUAAUAGACCAGGGUUCCGAAGAAUCAUUUAUAAGCGAGAAAGCAGCUCAACUACUAAAGCUUGACCGACGACAUGUAAGAGGAAGCAUCACGGGCUUGGGUCCCAUGAAAACAGAAAUCAACCACGUCUGUGAGCUACAAAUAAAAUCACAGUGGGAUAAAACAUUUAUCCUACCGGUUAAAGCUUAUGUAAUGUCGAAACAGCUGACCAAGAAGUUACCCAAAAAGCAUAUUGUUCAACAACCAUGGCCUCAUCUACAAGGAUUACAGCUAGCGGAUCCUAACUACAACAACUCGGGACCCAUAGAUCUCUUGCUAGGGGUCCGAGUAUACGCUAGAAUUCUGCAAGCAGACCUAGUCAAAGGUCCACCAGGUACACCGUGCGCACAAAGAACUGACCUGGGCUGGAUUCUUUUUGGAGAGAGUGAUAGCACACCACAAGAAGAUUCUUACCUCGUCAUGCACCAUCAAGUCGAUAUAGAAGAUACACUGAAGUCUCUAUGGGAAAUAGAUCCAGACACUAAAAGAAAAUACACCAAGGAAGAACAGCUAUGUGAAGAAAUAUAUGAAAAAACAGUCACUCGAAACCAAGAAGGAAGAUACAUUGUGAAGCUGCCAUUUAAGACUGAGAAUCCUAAAGUACUUGAUGGCAAUACAAAAGAAAUAGCUACAAAGAGAUUCAUGCAACUAGAAAGAAGGUUUAAGCGUUCGCCGAACCUGAAAACAGAAUACAUAAAAGGUAUUAAUGAUUACCUUGAAGAAGGACAUCUAGAAGAAGUACCUGAAAGGGAAAAAGAAGAUAAAUCAGUAUACCUACCACACCACGCUGUAAUUCGCGAAGACAAAGAAACCACGCGCACGCGGAUCGUAUUUGACGCUUCCUGCAAAGGAUCAAACAACGUCUCAUUAAAUGAUGAACUGAUGAUAGGCCCACAACUACAAGAUGACUUAAGAAAUCUUUUAAUGAGAUGGAGACUGAAACGAGUUUGCUUCGUGGCAGAUGUCCAGAAGAUGUACCGCCAAAUAUUGGUAACAAAAGAGGACGCAAAUUACCAACGCAUUCUUUGGCGACAAGACGAGUCUGAAGAGUUAAAAGAAUACCGUAUGCUUCGAGUCACUUCCGGUACCGCUCCAGCUCCAUACUUAGCGGUCAAGACACUUCAGAAGAUUGCUAUCGAUGAAGAAGAGAAACAACUCGAUAAACAAACAAACAACCACAACGAAGUGGCAAUCAAAACAAUAAAAGAAGACUUUUAUAUGGACGAUAUGCUGUCAGGGGCAGCAACCGCUGAGGAAGCUAUUGCAAUAGCUAAAGAAGUAACACGCAUUCUGAAACAAGGCGGAUUUCAACUCAUGAAAUGGUCCUCUAAUAACAUGAAAUUUAUGAAAUCUAUUGAUGAAGAUAAAAGAUCAGCGAAUGCACAGAUGGAACUAAACCUUGAUGGAACUAUAAAGGCGCUUGGAAUUGUAUGGAACCUUGGUGCAGAUCAAUUUCAAUACAACUUGUCACUAUCACCAAUGCCAAAGACUACAACUAAACGUGGGAUAUUAUCAGAUGUACAAAAGCUAUUCGAUCCACUAGGCUGGAUCGCACCGAGUACUGUCAUGGCGAAGAUGCUAAUGCAAAGGUUAUGGCUUGAAAAGGUGUCGUGGGACGAAUGCGUCAGCCCUGAGCUCGAAGAAGAAUGGAAACAGAUAAGAGAUGAUUUUGAAAAUGUCAAAGAUAUAAAGAUGGAUAGAUGGAUUGGCACAACAGACUCGGAAGAAGAAAAGAUACAGAUACACGGAUUUAGCGACGCAUCUAUGCGCGCAUACGCUGCCGUCGUAUAUAUAAGAGUUGAAAGCACGAACAAAAUAACAACCAAAAUCAUCGCUGCACGAACGAGAAUAGCGCCUUUGAAAACUAUCUCCCUCCCACGCUUAGAAUUAUGUGGCGCUUUACUCCUGUCUAAGCUAAUGAAACAGAUUGGACAAGCGAUGAGAAUACCAACAACAAACAUGUUCGCAUGGACCGACUCUUCGAUAGUAAUCGCUUGGCUUUGUGGAGAACCUAAUAGAUGGAAACCGUUUGUAGCCAACCGCGUCGUAGAAAUCGUCGAGAACCUGAACAACAAACACUGGUACCAUGUGCAAUCUAAAGAUAAUCCUGCAGAUAUCGCUUCAAGAGGGAUGAAGCUGACCACACUUAAGAACUGCAAUCUGUGGUGGAACGGCCCGAGCUGGUUAUCUGAAAAAGAAAUAAAUAUUAGUACACAAGAAGAUUUCACAACAGAUGAAGAAAUAAAAGUACAGAAAAUUCAAACUUACCUGAAUAUUGAAGACCUGGAAAAACAAGAAAAGGCAUUGACUACACAAUUUGGAGAUUUUGAUAACCUAACUGAACUACUUAAAAGUAUUGUCUAUUGCCUCAGAUUCAUAAAGUACAAGACAUAUCCAGAUGAUACUGAUAAGGAUAUUACUACAAUGGAAUUACAAAACGCCAUGAAUAUUUGCAUAAAAAAGGUACAGCAAGAAGAGUAUCAAGAAGAAAUAGAACGCUUGACAUCAAAUAAACGAGUAAAAAGAAAGAGCUCCCUAAGAUCCCUAGCCCCAUACGUAGAUGAAAACAAAUUCCUCAGGGUGGGCGGUCGCCUCAGAUAUGCAAAUAUAGAUGAAGACAGAAAGCAUCCAAUCAUUCUGGGAAACAAGAACUCUUUAGUGCCACUUAUAAUUGCUGAUGCACAUACAAGAACGCUUCAUGGCACUUUGGCUGAAAUGCUAUGCUACUUACGUUCUAAGUACUGGAUAUUACGAGCAAAGUCCUUAGUCAAAAGACACAUACAGAAAUGCCUUACUUGUGCAAAACAAAAUGCUACGUCGAAACCGCAAUUCAUGGGAGAUUUACCGGAGACGAGAGUCACUCCUUCGAGACCAUUCCUACACAGUGGAGUAGACUUUGCAGGGCCAUACCAGAUAUUGACAUCCAAAGGCCGAGGAGGAAAAACUGUGAAGGCGUACAUAGCUAUUUUCAUCUGCAUGGCCGUCAAGGCAAUUCAUAUUGAACUGGUUGGAGACCUUACCUCAGAAGCUUUCAUAGCAGCAUUCAAACGCUUUGUCGCUAGAAGAGGAAAAUGUACUCACCUGUGGAGCGACCAGGGUAGAAACUUCGUAGGCGCUAACAAAGAACUUGUAGAAGCCUGGAAUGAAGCUAAAUUGAAAUUUACCGGACCAAUAGUAGAGACACUUGCUAUCGAAGGCACACAGUGGCACUUCAUUCCAGCUUACAGCCCUAACUUUGGUGGCCUUUGGGAAGCCGGCGUCAAAUCCAUAAAAUACCAUCUAAAGAGAGUUCUGACAACAAAUUUGACGUUCGAAGAGAUGACGACCGUACUUUCCGAGACCGAGGCUUGCCUGAAUUCCCGGCCCCUAUGUCCUAUCGAUAACUCAGACCCUGAAAACGCUGAAAUACUCACCCCAGGACAUUUCUUAAUAGGUGAAGCCCCUAUCGUUGUUCCAGCAGCAGAUUAUAAAGAAUGUAAAAUACAUACCUUGUCACGCUGGCAACUCACGCAGAAACUGUUGGCAGAUUUUUGGCGUCGAUGGCAAGAUGAGUACCUAUCCAGACUGCAACAAAGACCUAAAUGGCUGAAAAAAGAAAAAGAGUUUAAAAUAGGGGACAUAGUACUUAUCAAAACUGAUAACUUACCUCCAGGCAAAUGGUCACUGGGCCGCAUCAUGGACAAACAUCCUGCUGAAGACGGUUUUACUAGAGUGUACAGUGUUAAAUCUGGUAGUGCUGUAGUGAAACGAUCUAUAUCAAAAUUAUGUGCGUUGCCCGUUGAUACUGAAACUUUGUAA